UUGUACAAAGACUAUCUCUGCUUAGCAAAAUAUGCGCUAGCUGGGCUUGCAGGGCUUUUGGCCUUGUUAUUUGAAGACACUAACGUUAGCUGAGUCGCGAAAGGGAAAGUAAUGCUAGCGCGGUGUAACGACUCCAUCCACGCAGCUGUCUGUAAGCUUAUUUUGGCAAAAGCUGUUCAGCUUUAAACUAAUUAGGCCGAAGACAUUUGCCAUUGCUAGAUUGUUUUGGCCUCGUAGACAUUAAAUACUUUUACUAUGAGCUCCCUAUCAGCCCAGCCUCUGGCAUCAAGCUCAGCAUGCAGGACACUACCUGGAGAGGGAAAUCAGGUACAACCAAAAGCCCCUCUCCUGCAGAUUCUGCGUGUUGCCGGAGCCCAGGAAGAAGUCUUCACACUCAAAGAGGUGAUGCACUACUUGGGUCAGUACAUCAUGGGGAAGCAGCUGUAUGACAAACAGAGGCAACACAUAGUCCACUGCCAGGAUGACCCUUUGGGAGAGCUGCUGGAGGUGGAGAGCUUCUCUGUUAAAAAUCCGAGCCCGGUGUAUGAAAUGCUCAAGAAAUACUUAGUUGUGCUUGGUUGUUCUGACGCUGCAGAGAAUCUUUCUGUGGGCCGUGAAUGUGUAGAGGGCGGAGUGGAGGAUCGUGGUCAGAUAUGUGGAGGUGUGGUCAAAGCAGGACUGGAGGCUUGCAGUGAUGGGCCUCUCCUGCAGACCCCCUCCCAGAGACGGCCCCGAGAGCCAGACGACGACUCCCUCGAAGGCCUGCCACGGUCAGCCUGCAAACGGCCCAAACUGGAUGUUACUCUGGAUGAGUGGGACCUCUCUGGCCUACCCUGGUGGUUUCUGGGUAAUCUCCGUAGUAACUACAGCCGCAGGAGCAAUGGCUCCACUGACAUCCACACAAACCAACUGUCUCCUGCGCAGGAGGAGGACACGGCCAUCGUGUCGGACACCACCGACGACCUCUGGUUCCUGACCGAGGGCGGCAGUGAACAGGUGAGCGUGGAGAUGAAAGAGGCUGCACUGGAGGAAGGCAGCGGAGGAGAAGGGGAGGCUCUGCCUGAGGACGAUGAUGGAGGAGGGAAGGAGGAGAAAACAGAUCGAGAGAUGCAGGAGGAGCCAGAUGAAGACUCGCAGUGUCUGAGCGAUGACACUGAUACAGAGAUCUCCACACAGGAUGCGUGGCAGUGCACAGAGUGCAGGAAGUAUAACACACCUCUCCAGAGGUACUGUGUUCGCUGCUGGGCUCUACGAAAGAACUGGUAUAAAGAUGUCCCCCGACUCGCCCAUUCCCUUUCUGUUCCUGACAUCCCAGCAUGCAGCUCUCUCACCACCCAUGAUGAGGAAGAUGACAGCGACACAGGCAUUGAUGUCCCAGACUGCAGCAGGACAGUUUCUGACCCGGUCAUCCUGCCUUCUCACUCCACAGCUGACCGACCACUGCCCACUAUGAUUACAGGGAAAGGCAAGGGGCCUUGGCCCUCCAGAUUCCAAAAGGAUGAGCAGCUCUCAAGUGGGGAGAGUCAAGAAAAUCUUGGCAUGGAGGUUGAAGAAGUUAGGCCUGAGGCACUGUUGGAGCCUUGCAAGCUCUGUCGAGUGCGACCACGCAAUGGAAAUAUAAUACACGGACGUACAGCUCACCUGCUAACCUGUUUCCCGUGUGCAAGGAGGCUGCACAAGUUCCAGGCUCCUUGUCCAGGCUGUGGGAAGAUUAUUCAGAAAGUUAUUAAGAUAUUCAUUCUUUAAAAAGAAUCACUUUCGACCAUACAGCUGCAUGCACUCUGGUACACACGCUCGUAGACACACACACACACACAAAACGUGCACCUUAUAUUCAAAUCUACACAGACUAUAGCACUUGGUGAAUCUUGCUCUGGGUUGCAUGGUUUAUUUUGCAUCACACUGCCUCUGAAGUAUUGUUGGAUGAAACACGAGUUUGUUAUACCAAAUGCUUGUUUUGGUGCCAUACUUAAAUAAGGGACAUAUAAAAGCAAAAGUAUUUAUUUAUUUAUUUAUUAGAUCACAUAGGAAUGCAGCUUGUGUGAGCUAUUAUUUGUCUUCAUGAAGGCUUGCUUUUCAGGCUAUGUGAAUUUCGUUCAUUGGUUUUUGCCUUUCUUGAAUGGUGCCAUUUUAAAAGUAUUGCUUGCCUUGUUCUUGUAGUUUUGUUUGAUUUUCUUUCUCCGUAGAUUCCCUUCAGGCGUCACGGCAAAAAUGGGAAAAAUCAGUGCAGGUAAUGUGGCUCUGAGAUUUGAGUUAUGAAGACAAGAUUGAAGGAAGAACAGGAAAGAGUCUUAACUGUGAUUUUGUUAUCAACAGCAGCAGCUCCAUGAAAGUAUCCUCCUAAGCUUUUCUUUACAAGGAAAAGAAAAACGUUCUCUCAGCAUAAGUGAAUGUAAAAUACAAAUGUGGUGACUUAAGUCCUUUUUCUGUCAACAUAGUAUUUUAAAAUGUAGACUUAACUUUAACCUGCUUGAGAAUGCACAGCUGAAGUAUUUACUGUAAUUUUCUCUGGGUAGUCAUUUGAUGUUAAUAUGUAUUCAAUUCAAAAUUGCCAAGCCUCUGAUGACGGUUAUAUUACAGUAAGUAAAGUAAUGUAAUUGUUAAUGUUUAACUGUUAUCAUUUGGGAAAGGGUACUUUACACCCCUUCCUGAACUUACGAUAAAUGAACAAAAUCUGUUUAUUUUGUAUUUAAUUUAUUUAUGAAUCUGUUUUAAUCGUUUAGAUGACCACCUCUAAUGAAGCAGAACAAGGCUGCAUUUGUUACAGAGUUCUAAUGUGUAAUUUACAGCAAUUUUUUUUUUUGUCUCCAAAAGAUGUACAGUGUGUGUAAGGCAAUAGGAUGUUACCAAAUGUACCAUGAGUGUAGAACUGACUUGGAGUUAGGGAGGGUUUGAGUGAAGCGUUACACUGCCAUGUAAUGAUGUUGAAUUUUAAUUUGUAUAUUAUAGAUUUUAUUUGUUUAUGCAUUAUUUGAAGAUUGUCUCGCUGGAGCGUGUAGAUAUGAUUUACUUCCAGUGUGUGUGUGUGUGUGUGUGUGUGAGUGUGAGUGAGAGAGCUGUCUACAAAUGCAGCAUGCUCAACAGUGCUCCCAAGUAAGACAGUAAGCAUUUAACUCUUUGCUCUGCUUAGCGUAGAGGGAACGUCACAGUUCUUUGAUCUGCUCUUUACUUGCGCUUAAUCUUUCUGCCAGCAGGUGGGGAGAAGUUUCAGUAGUGUAUCUGGUGCCCACAGAAGCUGUAGAGCACCAGUAAUAACAUGUAAUGCAUAUAUAGAGCAUGCCUCCUGUCGUGACUAGAGCCAGCACUGAGCUGGUUUGAAAGCUAUAUUAGCUAUAUAAAAGCUAUAAAUGAUUAAUGUAGCCUGUUGUAUUUAUUGCCAUCAUUGUGGAAUGAGUGAAACAAACUUCCUCUAGAAUACGGACCUCAUGAAAAUAGCACAUAUUAUACCAAUUAUGCUGGUUCGAAAUGACAGACUUAAUUGUUGCAAUUAUUGACAUUAAGACUAUAGUGUGCUCAGAAAUGGUACAGCUAAUAUAGUUGGGUUUUUUUUCUACUUGUCAUUAAUAAAAUCAUUUGUUUUGUACAGCAA